GCAUGCUACGGAAGUGUUUCUGUGCGUGCGGCCCUGUAGCUCCCUGUCCCCGGUGUGCGACUUGACAAUUUUGGCUAAAAACAAGUGGAUGACAACAAUUUCCAUUGCAUGCAGUUAGGUAUCACUUUCGCUGAUUGUAGUCAGAGAUGGGAGCGAACAAUAGCAGGCGCCGCGUCUCCUUUGAGUCGGAUGAAAAUGACAACAUCACAGUUGUGAAGGGCAUAAGGCUCUCUGAGAAUGUCAUCAACCGAAUGAGGGAGCCCAUAGCUCCCCUUCUUCCCCCCUCCCUUCCACAGGUCCCACCCCCUGUUGCUGCUCCCUCCUCCCUCCUCAUUCCAGUGCCUCCCCUCAGACCCCCCUUCGAUCCCAUCACCUCGCUUCCACCCAUAGAACCCAUCGCACUACCACCUCAACCUCCUGCACCUGUCACUGAAGUCGUGGCUCCACCUCCACCCCCCAUGGAACAGGUAGCAGCUCCGACCAUCAUUGACAUGGUGAUCCCGCCUCCUCCCCUAGCUGCUUUAAAGCCUGUGGCAUCCCCUCCACCACCUGCAUCUGUUGAGCAGCCCCCAGUGGAAGCUUUUGCUCCUCCUCCUGCCCCAGAACCAGUGGAAGUUGUUGGCACCCCUCUUCCUCCUCCCACCCCAGAGCCAGAACCAGUGGCUGCAGCUCCGCCAGCAGCACAUGCAGUUGAUGAAGAGGAGCUGAGGAAGAAGAUCACAGAGGAUCUGCAGAAAGGCCUGUUGAAGGAGAGGGCGAAGGCUGAGCAGGAGCUGCAAGCAUGGCUGGAGGAGGAGAAGGUCCAUGCUGCAUCCUUUGCUGAGGCUGAGGCCCAGGCCAGUGUGAAGGAUGAGGUGGGUCGUAUCCUUGAGCUGGAGAGAGCCACGACCCAUAAUACCCUGACGCAAGCUGUCAUGAGAGAGAAGGUCAGCGCUGAGGACGAGAGGCUACGCACCCAGCUUUACGAGAUUACACGGAAGGCCAAGCAGCUGGAGCUCAGAGACCAGGAACUGAAGAAACAGGACGCAUUCUACAGGGAACAGGUUGCCAGGCUGGAGGACAGGAGUGCUCAGUUCUACAAGAUGACCACAGAGAACUACCACAAGGCUGCCGACGGAAUCAACGCAAAGUUCAAGCGGUUUGAGGUGAGUCCAGUGUGUGCUGAUCUGCAGGGUCAGAUCCUGAAGUGCUACCAGGAACACAGUGGGAAGACGCUGCUCUGCUCCACCAUCGCCUCCCGCUACCUGCAGUGUGUCAACCAAGCUAAACAGAACAAGUUGAGGACUGGGGGCUAAGAGUGAGGUGCUGUGGCAUUACAGUUUAUAAACCCUUUAUCGACUGCAAAUGAGUGGAGAGGAGAGGAAGCACCAGAGAUCGCAACCCCGACUCGAGGUAGAAACAGAACCGCACCCUGACCAGAACCAGGAACACAAGACAACCAGACAACCCUGAGAGAGAUGGACACACCUUAGCCCAACACCCUUCUCCCCCCCACCCCCACUGACCCCCAAACCCUUUACUCCUUCGUAAGAUCCCACCUACAGUACCUACACCCCUUCUCCCCCACCCCACUCCACUGCAUGUCUAUCUCUACUACCAAGAGGGAGGAGGACAACGGUAGCACUUCCUAAAGAGUACAGUGCAGUAGCUCCAUCACGCAGCAGCAGUAGGAGAAGUGCAAAUGUCCGCCAUGUUGGAGAUGCAUGAAUACAUGCAGAGACGGAGAGUUUAAGCCUAGGCGGAGUCCACCAGAACCAAUGCAGGCCCAGAGCUGAAGAUAUCCUCACGGACUGAACCACUAUCAUUACCAACACGCAUCACCAACCAGCUCACCUCCCUUACAAAGCCACUAGUCUGCCCCAUCACCACCCAACCAGCUCACCCCUCUUACAAAGCCACUAGUCCGCCCCAUCACCACCCAACCAGCUCACCCCUCUUACAAAGCCACUAGUCCGCCCCAUCACCACCCAACCAGCUCGACCCUCUUACAAAGCCACUAGUCCGCCCCAUCACCACACCCUCUAUCAUAAACCUACAUGAUCACAUGACUUCUAUCCACCAGGCUUCAUCCUACUGUAUCCCUCUAUCCACUAUAUAAACCUACAUGAUCACAUGACUUCUAUCCACCCUGCUGUAUCCCUCUAUCCACUAUUUAAACCUACAUGAUCACAUGACUUCUAUCCACCAGGCUUCAUCCUACUGUAUCCCUCUAUCCACUAUAUAAACCUACAUGAUCACAUUACUUCUAUCCACCCUGCUGUAUCCCUCUAUCCACUAAAUAAACCUACAUGAUCACAUGACUUCUAUCCACCAGGCUUCAUCCUACUGUAUCCCUCUAUCCACUAUAUAAACCUACAUGAUCACAUGACUUCUGUCCACCAGGCUUCAUCCUACUGUAUCCCUCUAUCCACUAUAUAAACCUACAUGAUCACAUGACUUCUAUCCACCCUGCUGUAUCCCUCUAUCCACUAUAUAAACCUACAUGAUCACAUGACUUCUAUCCACCCUGCUGUAUCCCUCUAUCACUAUAUAAACCUACAUGAUCACAUGACUUCUAUCCACCACAUGACUUCUAUCCACCCUACUGUAUCCCUCUAUCCACUAUAUAAACCUACAUGAUCACAUGACUUCUAUCCACCAGGCUUCAUCCUACUGUAUCCCUCUAUCCCUGUGCACUGUCCUGCACACACACCAUUGUGUCUGUUCGUUGCGUGUGUUCCAGUGUGUUAGUAAUGCAUCUACUUGUUUUGUUUUCAUCCCAACCGUGUCACAAUCACUUCUGACACACGUCUGAUCAGAGGAAAUUAAAGAAUGAAUCUGGAAUUUA